GCAGCAAGGAGAGAGAUGAGGCUGAGCUGGGUCUUGACAGUACUGUCCACCUGCCUGAGCACCCUGGUCAUGGCCACAGGGGCUGAGAGCAAAUGGAAGCUGCAGUUUGGAGUCAAGAAAUGGGUAGACCACUGUCCCAUCAAAUCGCAGAAAGGGGACAUCCUGCAGCUGCACUACAUGGGGAAGCUAGAAGAUGGAACAGAGUUUGACAGCAGCCUGCCCCAGAACCAGCCCUUUGUCUUCUCCUUGGGCACAGGCCAGGUCACCGAGGGCUGGGACCAGGGGCUGCUAGAGAUGUGUGAGGGGGAAAUGCAGAAGCUGGUGAUUCCAUCAGAGCUGGGGUAUGGAGAGCGGGGAGCCCCCGCAAAGAUUCCAGGUGGUGCAACGUUGGUGUUCAAGGUGGGGCUGCUCAAAAUCAAGCAACAUUCAGAACUAUAG